AUGGCGUUUCUUGUCGCUCUCGCGAUCCUGGCAAAAUGCUGCUUGUUUGCAGCCGCCUUCCUCCUCUCAAACACCAUUGCCUACUACAUCCUCCAAAAGAACAUCGGCAUGAUGGAAGAGUUUCAGUCCGAGACCGACAGCGACUACACCAGUUACUGGCGUGACUGGUUCAUCUCCUCGCGUGGCAACGAGUACUUUUGUGAAAUCGACGAAGAAUACAUCACCGACCGCUUCAACUUGACUGGCCUUAACACGGAAGUCCACUACUACCAACACGCACUCGACCUUAUCACCGAUGUAUUCGACCUCGACUGUGAAGACGACAUGCGCGAGACAAUCGAAAAGUCCGCCCGUCACCUGUACGGCCUGGUCCACGCGCGCUACAUCGUCACCACCCGCGGCUUGGCCAAGAUGGUUGAGAAAUUCAAGAAAUCUGAUUUCGGCCGUUGCCCACGUGUCAUGUGCGAGAGCCACCCGCUUCUGCCAUUCGGUCCCAGCGACAACCCGGGCCUCAAGACGGUGAAGCUCUACUGCGCCAAGUGCGAGGACAUCUACAACCCGAAGUCGUCCCGUCACGCCGCCAUCGACGGUGCUUACUUUGGCAGUUCCUUCCACAACAUCUUGUUCCAGGUCUACCCCGCUCUCGUGCCCGUCAAGUCCAGGAGACGCUACGAGCCCAAGGUCUUCGGAUUCAAAGUUCACCACGCGGCUGUCUUGGCUAGGUGGCAAGACGUCGUGAGGAGACAGCAGCGAAAGCGCUUGGAGGACGCCAACGUGAUUGCCGAGGGACAGCAGCUGUUUGUCGAAGACGCCGAAAGCAGCGAUGGGGCAGGUGAUGACCGCGUCGAAGAACUGGACGACGAAGUCGGCAACAACGGCGAUAGGAGAGUGGGCGCUCACGGCGGCGAAACUGAGGGUGUGGCCUUGUACGGAACGACCCCGGGCGGCGGACAAACUGCGCAUUGA